UCCGAUCUAACAUUAUGAACGCCGUCUUCGCCGAGCCGCUCUAUGACCACAGGUCCAACCCGGACUCGGACACGAGGCCCUCGUACGACUACAAGAAGGACGUGCUGCAGCUCUACAACCAGGCGAGGUUGAACCAAGAGCACAAACUGCUGGUCGAACAGUCCGAGUCGUUUGAGACCCUCAGCUAUCAAAUGUAAAAAUGUCUGGGUCUGGAAGGAUACAACUUGUGAUGCUACUUUUGGAAUCCACAUAAAAACUGUAUUGCAUGAACAGCAAAAGAGGUGCAAUUUGUGCUACGCGGAGAGGGCAUUUCUCACGCAGUAUGAGCAUCAGAAAGCCCUCGCAAAAUCUCUGAUGCUAGGGCAUGCAUCACCGACCUCAUGGGUCACGCAAAAUCUGCAUCAAAAACUCCUGCAUUCUUCCAGACCAAGACACUUUUGCAAUCCAUAUCAGCCGUCGGUUUCGGAAGCGGCUGACUGCAAUUGGGUUGCAGGCGAAAGUAUCCAGGAAAAAACACCCAUCCGCAUCCAAUUUGUCAUGCAAAGCAUUAACAUACAUCAGAUCAAAUCCUGUGUUUGUCAUGCAAAAAAUGGAUGUGGAUGGGUUAGGGUUUUUUUCUGUUGAUAGAAAGACGGCCCGUCCGCUUUGAUUCUACCCGAAAGCUUCCGGGAUCCGAGGGAGAUUGUGGGAAUAAAAGGUGAACAAUUCGAAGGGGGAUCAGGAAAACAAGGACAGGUGAAACUACACCACGCCGCCACUGCCUCUUCAUCUCCACACAGGGGCCAGGCCUUCCCGCGUAGAAAAAUUACGGCUGAGUAUUUGCGACAGCAAUUUCUUUUGAACCACUGCUUCGGCGGAAAAAAGGAGCGGCUCGGGAAGUUUUUAUCCGGAGACCCCUCGGAAAUUAGUUCUUUGGCAGAUGAUGACCGUGGUGGGCGUGGUCAAAGUGGGGCUCGACCACAAGGGGGUGGUGCAACUACUACGGGUUCGUUUUCAACAACAGACGCGAUGGAGCAGAAUGCGAAGAGUGAGCAAUUUUACCUAUCGCUGUACAAAAAGUACUCAGCUUUACGGGGGGCAGACGAUUUCUUUAAGAAAUCGACCGGUAAAGGUGUUGUAGCAGCUGAUGAUGUGAAUGGCACCAGCACCACGUCGGCAAAAAUCGAAGCAGACAAGCUAUCGAGAGGCGGGGACGUCGAGGUGGCGAAAGAGGUGGCAGAUUUCCGGCAAAAGCGGGCGGACACUGAUUUCAAGAAGACGGUGGCCAAACUCGAGGCGGAGAAUGUGGGGCAGGAAAAUAAGAAUGUGAAGGAGAUCGAGGAGGAAUUGCUGAAGAUGCUGCGGGAACAGAAGGUGUGAUCUCUUGCACAUCGUCGACGUGCCGGCGCCAGCGGCCGCGAGUUAUGCCCUGCGCCAGCUACAGCUCUUUCCAAGAACUUUCACUGCAGUUGGCUUGUUGAAAAAUGAACUUUGAUGCGCUCAUUUUUGGUUCUCACGUUGGCGCCGAAAACUUUUUGCUGAGCUUCAUUUCAAAUGAGGAAAAAUCAAAAUGGUUUUCGAUCUUUGUGGUCACGAGGUGAGUCUCUAUUGGAAAGGAGAAAUAAAGGACAAGCGAGCGCUGUGGUUUAGCUGCUGGCUAUGAGCAGUAUUUUUCUCGAAAAUCACGAC